GGCGGCCAAUGGGAGGGCGGCGGCGUGUGUGUGUGUGGGGUGCGUGAGGCGUGACGAGGCAGGAACGGAGUGAGGCGACUUGAUCUUAUUAGUUGUGAAGUGUUGCUUGUUGCCGGACCACGUGGCCGGCGGGGCUCUGUGCGGCGACCCGAGAGAGAAAGAGAGAGGGAGAGGGACAGAUAGCAGCCUCCACCACUACCACCAGUCCAUCCUUCAGUGCCUUCGCCGCAGUGCCGAUCGAGACACCUCCGCCGACUCAACCGCCGUCCGUCCUCCGUGUUCCGUCCUCCGCCGCCGCCGCCGCCGCCUGGAGGAGUGUGCGGGCGCGGCGUGUGGUGCCCGAGCCGCCCAUGAGCUGGUGAAGGCGUGCGUGCCAUGACCGUGACGGGGGGCGCCAUGAUGCAGACCAUGCAGCCUUGCUUCGUCGGGUACCCCUUCCAAGGGAUGACCUCACCGGCAGGUCAGGGGCGGGUCAACCAGCUUGGGGGUGUGUACAUCAACGGCCGCCCUCUGCCCAACCACAUAAGGCUCAAAAUUGUGGAGAUGGCAGCGGCUGGAAUACGCCCUUGUGUCAUCUCCCGCCAGCUGAGGGUGUCCCAUGGCUGUGUGUCCAAGAUCCUUAACCGAUACCAGGAGACGGGGUCAAUCCGGCCUGGGGUCAUCGGGGGCUCCAAACCCAGGGUGGCCACGCCCGAGAUAGAGAGGAAAGUGGCUGAUUACAAGAAGGAAAACCCAGGUGUCUUCUCGUGGGAAAUUAGGGACAGACUCAUCAAGGACGGCCUCUGCGACAGGAACACGGCGCCCUCAGUCUCCGCUAUCUCCAGACUCCUGAGGGGGAAGGAAGACGACGACGACCCGAAGAAAGCCAAGGAUGCCCUGAAACACGCCAGUUCUGGGUCAGACAUAGAGGACGGUGGGUCUGAGGAUGAGGACGACCCGCAGAUGCUUCUCAAACGCAAGCAGAGGCGCUCCAGGACGACCUUUACCGCCCACCAGUUAGAUGAGCUGGAAAAGGCCUUCGAGCGCACCCAGUACCCCGACAUCUACACGAGGGAGGAGCUGGCGCAGAGAACCAAGCUGACGGAGGCGAGGAUACAGGUUUGGUUUAGCAACAGACGAGCGCGCCUUCGGAAGCAGAUGGCGUCAGGAAGCAUGACAAACUUCAACGCAAUGGGCCUGCCGAUGUCCUACCACUCCGCCCCGUCCUCCUAUGUGUUCCAGGGAUUCUCAGACCCCGGGGCCACCUUCUCAGCGCAGCCCCAGGACGGGUCGGGGCUGUACCAGGGGGAGCCGCGCCGGGUCUGCACCAGGGGGCCCUCGCAUCUGAGGCCCGCGCCGCCAACAUGAGUGUGGCUGCCGCCGCCGCCGCCGCCACCUACCCCGCCAUGAGCGCCGCGCUGUCCACCUCCUCCUCCUGCCCCGCCUCCCCCUUCAUCUCCCAGCAAGCGGCAGGCAGCAUGUGUGGGGGGCAGGGAACGGGGGUGGCACCAGCGGGCGUCACCUCCCCUCUCACCACUGCACCCCCUUCUUCCUGGGCCUCCAACCAGCUGAGGGGAGCGAUGGGGGGCGCGGCAGGCUCCUCCCCCACCGCCGGCCCCACCCUCACGCCCACGCCCUUCACCCACGGCCUGGCCCACCACACCCGCACGCCCGCACAGCACUUUCCCGCCACAAUGUACUCCUGGUACUGAGCCGCCCUUGUACAGAUCCGGGAGGCGUCACACACACACACACACACACACACACACACACACACACACACACACACACACACACACUGCACCACCUCGGCUACCAUUUUUUUUUUUUCAUGUACAUUCAUCAUUCAUUUUUUCAAUAUUUUAUUUUAUUAUUAUUCUCUUUUUUCUCCCAUUCAUACAUUCUAUUCAUUAUAUUUUCCACCAUUUCCCUUUCCCUACAUUUUCUUUUCAGUAAAAUUAUCUUAUAAGUUGUGUUUCUUUAUUCAUUGCCUUUAGAAGCUUAUAUAUAUUCUCUCUCUCUCUCUCUCUCUCUCUCUCUCUCUCUCUCUCUCUCUCUCUCUCUCUCUCUCUCUCUCUCUCUCUCUCUCUCUCUCUCUCACUCACUCAUGCACCCACCCACCUACACACACACACACAAAUACAGGGAAGGGGGGUAGGGGUGCAGGCGGCGUGUGGUCCAGAGCGCGGGUCACGUGACUCAGUGACCCGCGCCCCUUGGGUCACAAAGGUCACGAGCAGCACGGGAGGUCAACUGGGAUACGGCGAGGUCGUGCAGACGUCACACUCCAGGCACCGUCCGGGCACUACUGACCUCAGGAGGCAGCGGUGAGGUCACACAUCGAGGUACUUCUGAGGUCACACUUGAAAUAUCGAUGAGGUCACAUUUGGGAUGGCGCUGAGGUCACACUAUCCGCUCACUUCAGGACGCCAGUGUGAGGUCGCGUCCACAGCAUCGUCAGGUGACACUCUGAAGCAGAACCGAGCACGUGAAGCUGCUUCGAAACACUGGUCGAAGCUUCGUUGUUGUGUCGUUUGGUUUCUUGUUCCUAUUACGGUGAUAGUUUUGUUUUUCUUUUUUUUUCUUCCAUUACGUAGGUCAGUGAAGGUUGCUCUCUCUCUCUCUCUCUCUCUCUCUCUCUCUCUCUCUCAAGCAGCCUCAAAAGGGGUAGCAUGUUUAAUUCUGUUUGUAUUUUUCCUUAUGUUCCUUUGUGUCCCUCCUCCUCUCCUCUUCUUCUUCCUCCUCCUCCUCCUCCUCCUCGCUGCUUAAGUCCCCAUCAGUAUUGUUGUGUCUCGUCUGAGUUUCAAGACUUCCGCCGCGGCCCUGACUCACCGCCGCCCUUUCCUGUCUUGCUCUCUCUCUCUCUCUCUCUCUCUCUCUCUCUCUCUCUCUCUGAAAAGUUAAGAGAGAGAGAGAAGAAUGUGUUUUUUGUCUCGCCUCAUUGUGCGUGCGUGUGUUUGUGUGUGUGUGUGUGUGUGUGUGUGUGUGUGUGUGUGUGAGUCACUGAACUUUUUAUUUUACGUUAUUUAUGUCAUUUUUCUAUAAGUUCGCUAUUUUAUUUGCUGUAUUUGUCUUGUGAUAUUUUUUUUUAUUUGUUUAUUGUUUUUUGUCUGUAUUUCAGUUUGUUCAUAUGUUUAUUUUUCUUCCUAUUUUCGUGCUUAAGUGUGAAAAUAUUGAUGUAUUUUGAUUUAUCAUGUGCAUUUCAUGUGUCGGAAAUGUUUCUCUAAUAUUCUCAUCUAAUUUUUACAUUUGAAGUGUGUGUGUGUGUGUGUGUGUGUGUGUGUGUGUGUGUGUGUGUGUUACCUUCAAGGUGUUUUAUUCGUUCAGAUUUUUUUUAAUCCUAUAUUUACAUUUUGAAGUGUGUGUGUGUGUGUGUGUGUGUGUGUGUGUGUGUGUGUGUGCGUGCGUUCAAGGUGCUUUAUUCGCUCUGCUGGUUGGUUCGAAUCGCUUCACCUCGCGUUACGAAUCAUCAAGAGCGUCACGUCCGAGGUCCAUUAGUUGAGUCGAGGCUUCACUGCUUCACCUGUUCGGAGCCUCGAGACAGGUGCGCGCGCGGGCGUGGCUACGCAUUAAUGCAGCGAAUGCCUUUCUCUUUUUUCCUGUCUCUCUUUGAUUCUUUUGGUUUGUUUUUGUGUUUUGGUUUCCUCUAUGUUUCUCUAUUUAUUUCUUUGUCUUGUUUCUUUCUUCUUUUCUUUCUUAUUUUAGUUUUCAGUUCCUAUUUCUCCUAAUUUUGUUUUUCUUUUUAUCCCCAUUCAACAUUUCUUUCAAUAAUUUCUAUGCGUAAGUUUUUAAUUACAAAGUUGCUUUCCUGCUCCUCCUGCUCCUCCUCCUCCUCCUCCUCCUCCUCCUCCUCCUCCUCCUCCUUAUCCACCUCCUCCUCCUCUUCCUCCUCUUCCUCUUCCUAAAUUAAGUUUAGUUACUUGAAUAAACAUUUUCUGAAUUUGCGCAAACACCGCCUCUCUCUCUCUCUCUCUCUCUCUCUCUCUCUCUCUCUCUCUCUCUCUCUCUCUCUC